GCGGAGGAGAGGGGAGUGGAGGGCGCCGAAGCCUCAAACCUUCAAUUUUCAUUCAACGAUGUCUGGACUAUCUCUUAAUGUAAUUUGGUUUAUCAACCAUUUUUAAUUUACGUAUCAUAUGCACAGCGAGUGUCUCGAAAUGCUCUCCCGCUGCCCUCUUAUCUUCUGGUCUCCGUUUGAUGUGCCACUCAGCGGCUCUGUUUGCCAACGGUUUAGUACAGUGUUAUGCUGUAACCAUAACCUCAUGUCUUUACGAAAAGGGACUGAAAACGACUCGUUAUCAGAGUGACAUCCAAUAUGCCCAUGGAAAUUUAGAUGACAGUUGUUUUUUAGUCCGUCCCUACUCAAUAUUUUUUGUGAGCACUUGAUCGGGUACCCGUUCAGGAGAUGCCUGACAGCUAUGCUCUUUGGUGUUUAUGUAUAUUGGGCCUCCUCAAGGAAUUCCGCCCAUCUGAAUCUUUUCUUACACAGUAUCUUGUUAGCCCAUGGCAAAAUUACACGAAGGAAGAGGUCAAUCAAGAGAUUUAUCCUGUUGGCACCUAUUCAACAUUGAUUCUUUUGAUAAUUGUAUUUCUGAUCACUGACCUCCUACGUUACAAACCUGUGAUUAUCGUUCAUAGUCUUGCUGGUGCAAUAUGUUACUGUCUUAUUAUCUUCGGCCCUUCUAAGACUUAUGUUCAGGGUGCGGAAGUAUUUUAUGGAUUAUUUAUGGCAUCAGAAAUUGCAUAUUCUACCUACAUGUAUGCCUCAUGUCAAAAAGAAGCAUACCAAAAAGUUACCAGCUACACUCGAAUAGCUCUUCAGGCUGGUCGUCUUUUAUCUGGCUGUCUAAGCCAGCUUUUGAUCAGUUGUGACAUUUUAAAUUUUCAUGAACUCAAUUACUUAUCUCUUGCAGGAUUAUUGUCUUCUGCUGUUUUUGGAUGUUUGUUACCAUCAGUGAGGAAAAGUGUUUACUUCCAUCGAGUUACGCUGGAAAAGGAAAGGGAUCCAACCAGUCAUGCUCAAUUUAAUUGUGAAGAUGCAGCCCUCUCAGCAGGUGAGGGUGAAGAGAAUUUUGAAGGUAUCAAACCUAGUCCACCAGAGGAAAGUAUUAGGGAUAACGACAUGCAAUGUGUUGAGCUUGAACAGCUGUCAGGUUUCAACCGAAUCUGGGAUGAUUUUGUUCAUGCUUUUUCAAAUAUGUAUAUUGUCAAGUGGUCUAUCUGGUGGGCCCUUACGCAAUGUGGAUAUCUGCAGGUUACUUCUUACAUGCAAAAUUUGUGGCAAGAUACUGCUGAUGUAAGCAAUGGGCAAUUGUAUAAUGGAGCUGCAAGUGCAACAUACACUAUUCUUGGCAUUCUCUCUUCUUGGGUGGUUAGUCAGUUAGAGUAUGAGUUUGAUGAGAGAAAAACCCAUUGGCUGCUUUGUAUUUGUGCUUCACUUUCGGGUGCACUGAUCAUUUUUUCAUCAUUGUCCUUCUCUCUUCUCUUCCAAUACACUGCUUAUGGGGCGUUUAAAAUAUUGUUCCAAGUGAUGAUGAUUUUUGCAAACACAGAGGUUGCAACGUCUUUAUCAAGAGACUCCCAUGGCCUAGUCUUUGGAUUCAACACAUUUGUUGCUUUAGUUCUCCAGACAGUUUUAACAGUAAUUGUUACUGGCAAAGGGGGACUUCAACUGUCUACUCGGACUCAGUUCUUUGUUUAUGGAAGUUAUUACAUUCUCAUAGGUUGUGGCUUCCUUGUGAUGGCUUUAUUAACAAGUUUGAAGAAGCACCUUCAUUCCCGUGAACAGCAAAAGUGUGACGCAACUAAAGCUGAAGAGGCAUGAAAAGUCUUCUUGGUUUUUUGUUGUUGUUGUUUACCUCAUUUUGUAGGGAGAGGGUGAUUUCUUUUUCUUUCAUGCUUUGAAACUAUUGCUUGCCAUUUUGGCUGAGGUGCACCUCGGUGUUUUGUGCUAAAAGUAAGGCUGAUAUUUCUUGUGUGGGAUGAAAUUCUAGUCAUAGGCAAACGCUGGAUUAGCUAAGACAUAAUAUCUUUCACCACCUGUAAACUACAUACAUAUUUUUUUAAAUAUAUUUUUGUAUUUGUGACUGAUUGGUAGAUAGUGAGUAGUACAGUAACCACUUUGCCAGAGGGAAGUCCGGAAACAUCCAAUUUAAUUCAAAUUUUGAGGUUGAUGUUUGGUCCAUGUCUUACCAGUGUCUGAGUUAUUUGCCGGUUCUCGGUAGUUCGUUUCGACCGGCUAUAGUCUCUCGCCGGCGACGACAUUCAUUGCCACAACGUCAAUAAAGCAAAAACUAUUUCAAGUUAA